GGAGGAUGGCACGGCUUAGCUCCCUCCUCCUCCUCCUGCUCCUCCUCCUCCUCACCAGCACUGCGGCUCAGGGGGAAUAUGGGGUGGUCCAUGUGGUGUCUGAGAACUGGAGCAAGGACUACUGCGUGCUGUUCAGCUCUGACUAUGUCACGCUGCCGCGGGACCUGCGCCAUGCCCCACUGCUGCCCCUGCAUGAUGGCACCACCGCUCCCUGGUGCCCAGGUGAGGACCCCACCCAGCAGGCCCAGCACACAGGCCCCAGCCAGAAGCCCCUCCGCCAGUCCACCGCCAUGGUCAUGAGGGGCAACUGUAGCUUCUAUGCCAAGGGCUGGCUGGCACAGGGUCGCGGCGCCCAUGGGCUGAUCAUCGUAAGCCGGGUCAGUGGUCAGCAGUGCUCAGACACUGUCCUGGUGUCCCAGGACCCCCGGCAGCCCCUAUUGGACCUCAGUAUCCCAGUGGCCGUUCUGCGCUAUGCUGACAUGCUGGACAUCUUCAGCCACACCCGAGGUGGCGGCAUAGUGAGAGUGGCCCUCUAUGCACCCCCAGAGCCGGUGCUUGACUACAACAUGGUGGUCAUCUUCAUUCUGGCUGUGGGCACCGUGGCCGUGGGUGGUUACUGGGCUGGCCUGACUGAAGCUGACCGGCUGCAGCGUCACCGGGCCCAAGGAGCAGGAGGGGGAGGAGGAGGAGGCGGUGGAGGGCCUAGAAGUCAAUCCCAGGUGGGAGUGACCACCACCCGCAGAGGCCUGGACAACUAUGACGAAGACAUGCCCAUGGACUUCACACCAGCCAUGACAGGUGCCGUGAUCAGCAUGUCCUGUUCCAUCAUGUUGCUGCUCUACUUCUUCUACGACCGCUUCGUCUAUGUCAUGAUCGCCAUCUUUGGCCUAGGUGCCGGCACUGGCCUCUAUAGCUGCCUGGCUCCGCUGCUGUGCCAUCUGCAGCCAAGGUCUGGCCACUGGGUCCUGCCUAGCCACCAUGUCCCCCUGUCGCUCCCCCUCCUGCUGCUUGCUAGCCUGUGUGCUGCCGUGGCCACCCUCUGGGUCACCUUCCGGAAUGAGGACCGUUGGGCCUGGCUCCUGCAGGACACGCUGGGGGUGGCCUACUGUCUCUUCGUCCUGCGCCGCGUGAGGCUGCCCACACUCAAGAACUGUGCCUCCUUCCUCAUGGCUCUGCUAGCCUUCGAUGUCUUCUUUGUCUUUGUCACACCUCUCUUCACCAGGACAGGUGAGAGCAUCAUGGUGGAGGUGGCCUCAGGCCCAGUUGACUCCCUGAGCCAUGAACGGCUGCCCAUGGUUCUCAGAGUGCCCCGGCUAAGCUUCUCAGCCCUGACCCUCUGUGAUCAGCCCUUCUCCAUCCUCGGCUUUGGGGACAUUGUGGUCCCUGGCUUCCUGGUGGCCUAUUGCCACCGCUUCGAUGUGCAGACCCACUCCCGCCAGGUCUACUUUGUGGCCUGUACCCUGGCCUAUGCUGUGGGCCUGCUGCUCACCUUCCUUGCCAUGGCCCUCAUGAAGAUGGGCCAGCCUGCCCUGCUCUACCUGGUGUCCAGCACUCUGCUCACCAGUCUGGCUGUUGCUGCCUGCCGCCAGGAGUUCACCCUCUUCUGGAGUGGCCAGAGCAAAGCUAAAAGCCCCACCACCCAGCUUGUUUCAAGGGACUGUCAAGGCUCCCCAGGUGGCCCCGAGCAGAAGCAGCAGGACUCAGCUGGCAUCCCUACUAUCCAGGAGUGUGAGAGCCCUGCCACCCACUUGGAAGGGGGCUUAGCUAGAAACUUGGAUGAAGGCAUAGCGGGCAUAGUCACUCUACCUGAGGAUGAAGCCAGCAGUCCCAAUGGCUUCAGUGACAACUCUGAGGGCUGGAGCCAUGCCAACCUGGACCCUGAAGAGCUGCCCCAGGUCCCCCCUAGGGUCUCAGAGGAGCUGAUGCCCACAGUCACAGUGCCGCCACUGAUGCUGCCACCCUUGGAGUACAGUCACAUCCAUUCCCAGGCCCUGACCCACACCUACCGCAUCAGACUUCCCUGUCUGGGGCUCCACAAGAGAAGGACUUGAAGGUAAAGAAGAGUAUGCUGACUAGACUCCUAUGUGAACACUCUAGAGGAGCUGGGAGAACAUCCAGGAGCAAAGCCAUGCUGGCAGAACUGGAGCAUUAAAGAGAUUCCAUAACUACCUAA